GGGCUCGAUAUUACGUAGGUCCAAUUCAGUUGUUAGUCUGUUAUGGUGCGGUCGUCGGUUCUAGUCUUCUUGGAGGACAGUGUAUGAAGACAAUUUACUUGUUAUCAGACCCAGUAAAUGAGGCCAUGAAGUUAUACCACUUUGUGAUGAUAUUCGGAGGUCUACUUCUGAUAUUGGCACAAAUCCCAUCUUUUCAUUCUUUGAGGCACAUCAACCUCAUUUCUUUGCUGCUUUGUCUUGCUUACAGCACCUGUGCCACGGCUGGUUCUAUCUAUGUUGGAAGUUCUUCAAAGGCACCUCCCAAGGACUACAGUUUAAAGGGUGAUUCCGUCAAUAGGUUGUUUGGUGUGUUUACUGCCAUUGCCAUUAUUGCUACAACCUUUGGGAAUGGAAUUAUCCCUGAGAUUCAGGCAACUUUAGCGCCCCCAGUAAAAGGGAAAAUGUUUAAAGGGUUGUCAGUAUGUUACACUGUGGUAGUUGUUACGUUCUUUAGCGUUGGCAUCUCAGGCUAUUGGGCGUUCGGGAAUAAUGCAGGUGGAAUCAUCAUUAAUAACUUCAAAGAUGACAAAGGAAAUUCUUUGGUCCCGAAGCGGUUCCUCUUGAUGACCAAUGUCUUCAUACUUUUACAACUAUCAGCAGUUAGUGUGGUUUACUUGCAACCCACGAACGAAUUGCUAGAGCGCAAUUUUUCUGACGCAAAAUGCGCUGAACUCUCAGCAAGAAAUGUAAUCCCAAGGUUGAUUUCUCGAACACUGUCAGUAGCCCUAGCAGUGACAAUUGCUGCAAUGCUUCCAUUCUUUGGAGAUAUUAAUGCUUUGAUUGGAGCAUUUGGGUUCAUGCCUCUUGACUUCACAUUGCCGGUCAUUUUCUUCAAUUUGACAUUUAGGCCGUCUAAAAGAGGAUCCGUGUUUUGGUUAAACCCACAGUAGCUGUCGUGUUCUCGAUACUAGCAGUUAUAGCAGCUGUAGCAGCAAUUCGACAGAU